UUAAUUACGUGGCGGAUAUACAGUAUUUAAACGCUGAAUUCAGAGAGAGGAUGCGUAGUUCUGUAGUGUGCUCCGCAUUCCACAGAGCUAUUGAAAGUUCAAGGUUGAAAGAUCUUUCAUGCCAGAGAAGGACGCUAAAAAAAUAUCACAGUAGCACAACAACUUCAAAAUGAAGACCACUUGGUGGUUACCGAACAUGAAAUUAUGGUUUAUGAUAAUUGUGGCAAUGGAAGUCGCUGAAGCAUGCUGUCAUCACUAUUAUCCUGUAUACUACCCAGUUCAUGUUGGUGGAGGAAGUCCCAAGAAAAUUGUGAUUCACACAAAAUCGGAACAUCACCACCAUCAUCAUCAUUCUCAUGGUCAUCAUCAUGGACAUCAUCAUCAACACGGGCACCACCACGGUCAUAAUCACGAUCAUAAACAUCAUCAUGGGCACCAUCACGGACACCAUCAUCAACAUGGCCACCACCAUUCUCAUAAGCAUGGACAUCAUCAUGGGCAUCAUCACCAUCACGGUCAUAAGCAUGGCCAUCACCAUGGACAUCAUCAUGGUCACCAUCAUCAUCAUGGUCAUCAUCAUGACCACGGCCAUCAUCACGGGCAUCACCAUGGACAUCACCACGGUCAUCAUCAUGCUCAUCACCACGGACAUCAUCAUGGCCAUCACCAUGGCCACCAUCACGGACACGACCACCAUCAUCACCACGGCCAUCAUCACGGACAUCAUCAUGGGCAUCAUCAUGGACACCACCAUGAUCAUCACCAUGGACACCAUCAUGGUCAUCAUCAUGGACAUCACCACGGUCAUCACCAUGGCCAUCACCAUGGCCAUCACCACGGACAUCACCAUGGUCAUCAUCAUGGACAUCACCAUGGUCAUCAUCAUGCAUCAUGGUCACCACCAUGGCCAUCAUCACGGCCAUCAUCACGGUCAUCAUCAUGGCCAUCAUCAUGGACACCACCACGGACAUCACCAUGGUCACCACCAUGGGCAUCACCAUGGUCACCACCACGGGCAUCAUCACGGGCACCACCAUGGACACCACCAUGGACACCACCAUGGGCACCAUCAUGGGCACCACCAUGGACACCACCAUGGACACGACCAUGGGCAUCACCAUGGUCAUCAUCAUGAAGGACACGCAAGCGAAAUCCAUAAUGUUGUGCACUUUCACAAUCUUUUUGGUCUGCAGUAUUAAACAGAAAAUUAAAAUGUGUAACCUUAGAAGGAAGUAAUAUUAAGUGCGUUAAAAAUGCAAUUUUUUUAUAUACAAGUUUAUUUUUAUUCCUUCGCAUUUGCCCAUUUGAUAGUUUAGGGUGAUAUUAUUGAUUAUUUGUAGCUAUUUUAACACAAUAUUUAGAUCAACAAAUGUGUUUACAGGGAAUUUGAUAAAGCGAAGUCCCCUUUUUCCGAAAUAUUUUAUAAAAUUUAGAGAGUAUAUUUUUUUCGGCAAAGCAAUAGCUGCAACAACACCAAAGACUAAUAGUAACGAUGAUGAUGAUGAUGAUGAUGAUAAGAAUAAUGAAGGAUAUGAAAUUGUGAUAACACUAUGAAAGCAUAAAGUUUAUUACAAGGACAUUUGGAUCACUUGCUUUAUAGACUAUGAUUUAAUUUAUUAUAUUAUUUAGAAAGACUGUUAGAUAUUGACUAUGGAUACGAUCUUUUAAACAAAAUGAUAUUGUUCACUUUUCAAUAUUUGAAAGGUAUGCUUAUUUUACGAAGUACUUGUACUGAAAAUAAAAUAUUUUAUU